AUGCGUCGCUCGUGGCGCUUGCUGCGAGCAGCGGAGCAGGGGCCGUUCGACCCUUACCGCAUCUUGGGUCUCUCCCCAAACGCGAGUAAGGAGGAGAUAAAGCGGGCCUACCAUCGGCUAGCGCUGCGGUACCACCCCGACGGCGGCCCUGAGGGAUCCACGGCGCGGUUUCAGGCUGUGAAUGAGGCGUAUGAGGCGCUGCGGAGCGGCAAGUGGCAGCCGCCGGAGGCGAACAAGGCCCCCACGGAUGGCAAGGGGUAUGGCUGGGACGCACGAAUGGGGAUGUACGUCUACGAGCGGCCUGGGUCCACGACGGAGAACUACGUCGACAGCCGGACACAGACCCUCUUGCGUCUCGGUGUGUUGUGGGCGGCCGCGUUUGUGGUCGUGCGCUUUUUCCUCCUCUGGGUAUUUCCCCUGCCAAGGGCGUCGCCAACGGUUGAGUGGGUUGCGGCGAGUGACGAGGGCCGCGCGAAAGUCGCGCCUGCACAGACGCGAGGGUUUCAGGAGAAACUCAACACGCCGCCGGACUCUGUUCAUGCGGUGCAGGAUGCGGAGUUUGGUGGCACUCUGGGCGGUCCUUUUUCACUGGGCGGGACUCCCAACGUGGAUCCGCUGCGGAGGAAUUGA